AGAGAGAGAGAGAAAGAAGUAUUAUUGGCAAGAAUCUUAAAAUAUGAGAUCGUCGCUUUUGUAGUGAUCGAAGAAGCAUUAUACCCAAGCAGUCAGCUUAGUCGCUAUCUGAACGCGAACGGUAUUAGUUGCGAUUCUUUACGCUUCUCACAUUGUUUUUCUUUCCGCGGCGAUCACUGAUCGACUACGGCAUUAUCAACAAUUCAAAAUAAGAAGGCGAGUUUAAACUAGGAUUUGUUUGUUCACAACCGAAUUACUAUUAUAAGCAGAUAUGGCUCAAGUGUAUACAGGUGCAUUGGUCAUAGUGGAUGUGCUCCUGAUGCUCUUGAAAAUUCUUUAUUGUAUUGGUGAAGCUAUAUAUAAAUUGUUCGUACCUACGAAAGAGAAAGACGUUACAGGUGAAAUUGUUCUGAUUACUGGGACUGGUCAUGGAAUUGGAAAGGAACUUGCUCUUAAAUACGCCUCUUUGGGAGCUACAGUGGUGUGUUGGGAUCUGAAUCAAGAAAUGAAUCAAGAGACAGUAGCAGAAAUUAAAAAAAUGGGUGGAACAUCUGCUUAUGCUUACAAAUGCGAUGUCACGGAUAGAGAAGAAGUAUUAAAAGUCGCCGAAAGGGUUAAACAAGAAGUAGGAAAUGUUACGAUACUAAUUAACAAUGCCGGAAUAAUGCCUUGCCAUUCAUUUUUGGAUUACACACCGGAAGAAAUUAGAAAAAUAUUUGACGUCAAUGUCUUGGCUCAUUUUUGGGUAUUGCAAGCCUUUCUACCAAGCAUGAUUACAAAAAAUCAUGGUCACAUAGUGGCACUUUCCUCGAUGGCUGGAAUAGUUGGACUGACUAACUUGGUACCGUAUUGUGCAUCAAAAUUUGCAGUUCGAGGUUUUAUGGAAGCUCUCAGCGAAGAGCUUCGAGAAUACUCUAAAGGAAAGAACUUGAACAUAAACUUUACAACUAUUUAUCCGUACAUGGUGGACACUGGUCUCUGUAAAAAGCCGAAAAUAAAGUUCUCGAACAUCUUGGCGAUGCUUUCACCGAAAGAGGCUGCUAAUCUAAUAGUAAAAGCACAAAGAAAGAACUAUUCAAACAUAUCCAUUCCUAGAGUCUUGCUCUCAUUAAACACAACGUUUAGAAAUUUUCCUGAAAAAUCAUUACAUCAUCUAGUAGACUUCAUUGAUAGUGGUGUAGAAGUAUCAAAUUAAUGGAAUGUUGAUAAUUAUAAUGAAUUUUUUCUAUGAUAAAAUUAUUCAUUAUUAAAUUAUAUAUAUUGCGUGCAGUGUUUAUUGUACAUACAGCUUUUAUAUAAUAUAUGAAUGUAUCAAUCAAAUGAUUUUUAAGUCGGCACUACUAUGAGAAAAACAUCUACAUAUUAUUAAGUAUUAAUCUGAAAAUUUUACAAAAGCGAGGUCCUAAUUAUUGUCAUAUAAGUUAGAAAUAAGUAUAUAAGCUUAUAAUGUGCCAGGAUAAAAUAAUGUUUACAUUAUGAUUAUCUUAAUACAUGUAUUUUCGUGUAUAUGUAUUGUUUGCUAUUGUAUAAGAAAAUAUGCUGUGCUCUAUUCUAUUUGCUAUAACUAAUUAUUAUGAAACUGUAACAAUUAUGAAAUGUAUAUUUUGUGUUGAAGUUUGUUGAUUAAAAAUAAGUCUACAACUUA